AUGCAGUCCACCAUCGCCACCGCUCUAGCUUUCGCAGCCGCCACCCUAGCCGUGCCAACCACCGCGGCAGCCCGCCAAGCGCCGCAGCAGCAGCAGCUCCGCCUCCACGCAACCGGCGGCGCCCUCGCCGCCUGGGCCCUCACCAACGUCUACUCCGAGGCCGCGGGCGCGAACGUGAUCCAGAUCCAGCGGCCGUCCGCCUACGAGUCGGACGCGGCGCACCUCGCUGGGGGGCGUCUUUAUUUCGACCUCGGCAACACGUACCCCUGGGGCGUCGAGAUCCCCGCCGUGCCCGCCGGCGCCGUCGGCCAGGUCGUCUCGCAGCAGGGGGCGUCGAGCACCGGGUUCGCGCUCGAUGGGAGCCGUCUGCUGACGUAUAACGCUGACUCGAAUGGCUUCUGGGCGUGCCCGGUCGACCACACGUUCGAGCUCUUCUACGGCGUGGACCCGGACCCGACGAAGCUCCCCAGCGCCGAGUGCCUCCAGAUCCAGUUGCUGGCUAGCAGCGCUUGA